AUGACGAGUUCUGCUAUGAUGGCUGCUGCCGAGACGCUGGCAUCCGUCGCGUCUGCGGGCCCGUCUAGUCCAGCCAAGGAUAGGCUCGCCUCGUCUUCCAAGUCACAAGCUAGAAGGUCUGACGCUUCCGAGCCAGCACCCGAGCCCAAAAAGCGCACUCGUCCUGUCAGCGCCUGUGAGGCCUGUCGUGCCAAGAAAGUGCGCUGUUUGCUCUCACCCGAUGCGCCUGUCUGCCAGAAUUGCCUUGCAUCCGGCAAAGAGUGUCUUUUUAGAGUCGACGAUCUCGCGCCCGCGCUCAGAGCUGCUCGUUUCGCUCACUGCGGGCCCCCAAGCGCCAAUGCAAGGACCAUAGCCUUCAAAAAGAGCUCGAAAGCCACUCCUCGCAAGUCGCGUGAGGACACAGACGAAUCUUCGAGACCCAAACCACUCAAGCGUAAAAGGUCAGAAGCAGAAAGCGAAGCUUCAGAUUCAAAGGAUAAGGAUCCACAACCUUCCGCCUCUUCGGCCGCUAAGCCAAAAGCCAAAGCCGUCUUUCGUUCCUUUGCCAAUCCCAACAACCUCGCCGCACCGCUCCCCGUGCCAGCCACUCCGACGUACAUAAAAAAUCUGUCCUUCACGUCUUCGACCAUGGCUUCACCACCGUCAAAGCAUACCCAUACCCACUCGUCCCGAAUACCUUCUUCUUUCUCUUCAGCAUCCAGACGGCGUUCAGAGUCGGCCUCAACACACAACGCUUCUACCGUCAGAGACACAUCCACAAUCGCCCAUUUGAACCACAGAUUCAGUCAUCCUGCCAUCGGAGAUCCGCAUGGCGCAUACGUCGAAUCGUUUGUUCCUUCGCAUGAUCCUUCCCAUUAUGGCCACCCUGUUGAUACUACAGCGGCAUCUGGCUCAACUCCCGUAGGUGGCCCUUCCUUUUUCCUGCAGCAACAUUCUCCAAGCAACGCAAGUGUUUUCUCCAACAGAUCCGUCCGCUCCAGCACCAUGUACGCCGCAUCUAGACCGCUCAAUCCUCCCCCCCUCGACAGCUUCCGCCCUCGACGCAAAUCGUCCGCCGCCAGCCCUCGAAGGUUGCCGAAUCAACUCGUGGACCCCAUGUCGUUGGAGUACUAUGGUCAUCCAUCUGAUGCGACGACUGUCGACAGGUACGAAGCAUUCGAUCGACCUCCUCUAAUCCAUCGUGUCCCAAGCGGCAUUACAGCAGAACCUCCUCAUCGCGAUGUGUCUGCAGAGCUUCGAAACGGAAUCGAAAAAUGGCAACGCAAUGGAACUGCCAGACUAGGAGAUGAGCAUGAAACCACCAAGGUGCAAGUGCAGGUGCAGGAAGAACAUGUCGCGCAGCCACGCCCCAAAAUCGUUCUCCCCUUUUUCCGUUGGUUCGGCACAACCGCAAAUACGCCUGGUUACCGCAAGAUCAAGGUGGGCGUCUUGCAGGAUUCCGAGGUGCCCGGCACAGAUGAGCUGGCACCGGCGCUCGAAGCCAACGGUGUCGCGGAAAACGCGGCCAGCUUUGGCCUCAUCGUCCGUGAUGAUGACCAACGUCAUUCGUGCACAUCAGCAAAGCCUUUGGAAGAUUCGAUCGUCUCACCCCAUUCAGCGCAGCUGGCAAGUCCCGGCACUCGGUUCGAAAACAAAGCCUCUUCGUCCGUCACGCGCGAACUCUUCGAGAUCAAUCGCCCUAGGUAUCCGAGGAAGGACAUUCUGGAACAUCUCGUCUCGCGCUUCCUCACGCACUUCAAACCUUCCUGGUGCCCAUGGAUAGAGGCAGAAGAGCUGAAAAAUGGCGUUGAAAAUGGAUCCAUGCCAGCCAUUCUCGCCAAUGCCGUGUGUGCUGUCGCGGCUCGCUUCUCGGAUCGACCUGAGCUGCGAAAGGUGCCACGCAAGUCGUCUGGCGAUCCUUUUAGCGAGAUGGCCAAGAUCCUGAUCAUCCCGCUGCUCUCUUUUCCUUCCAUCGAGGUCAUCGAAGCGCUUAUCUUGCUCAGCUAUGCUGAGUUUGCAGCGGGUAGUGAUUCAGGUCUCUGGAUGUACGUUGGUAUGGCGCUGAGGAUGGCUCAGGAUCUUGGACUACAGCACGAGGCCAGCAUUCAGAGCAUUGCGAACGAUAAGCAGCAGGACAAGGCUCGACUACUCUUUUGGGCCGUCAUCGGGUUGGAUCGCAUCACCACUUUCGGAACCGGUCGUCCCGUCUCGAUUCGAGAGAGCGAGAUCGACACUGAGCUGCCUACGCUGAGCGAGAUGAGCGAUAUGAAAGACGAAACCGUGAUCUUUGGCCACGUCGUUCGAAUCCUUAUGCUCAGAGGACGAAUGGGCGAGCUGCUCAACAGGCGUGAACGCGAAGAGUCGCCCAUCUCGGCAGAAGAGGGCAAGCGUGAUCUGACGCGCAUGUGGUUUGAAUUGGCUCAGAGCUAUUCGGAUUUGCCCGCCAACCUUCAUUUCAACGUACAGACGUUCCAGAAGAGUGCUGCGCAUGAUCAGAGUCCUGGUUUCGUGUAUUUGCAUGUGCUCUUCCAAUCGACCAUCGGUUUGCUGGAUCGACCAGCGCUGAUAAAGAAGUUUACCGGCGACUCGGUCCCUUUACUGCCAUCGUUUGCUCCAGCUGCGAGUGCAGCCGCUUCACGAACUAUUGCCGAUAUCUUGACGCUCGGUGACGCAUUUGACGACCGAUGCAUCAUUGCUUCACCGUACCUGGAUCAACUGGUGUUGCCUGCGGGACGAUCGUUUGUGGCAGAGAGACAGGCAGCGCGCGAGGCAUUGCGCAGUUUGGGUCAUGGAACCACACCAGCGUCAUCGAGACCACCGUCACGCGGCGCAGCUCCAAAUCAACAGCACAGUCGCACGAGUCAUCUUGUUUCGACCAAGUCGUACGCCGAGAUCAACCUGGGUGCAUGCCAACGAAUCCUGCAGAAACUGCAGCAGUACUGGGCGGGUGCUUCGUGGCCGCUCCGUGCGCUCGAGCAAGAAGCUGCCGGUAAUGGAGACGAGAUCGAUCCUCAAGCUUCGGAUGAAGAUGCUCAGUCUGCACCUAUACGCGAUAUCGAGAUGGUUCUCAAGUGGGCAAAGUCUCGUAUUCGAAGCAAGAAGCGCUUGGAACGGUCGUCACAUGCGACACCCAAGCCGGACACCAUGACGCUGUCCGAACCAAUGGAAGGCAUGAAUGGCAUCUUGACGAGCAACACGGGUUCGGACGAGUUCGCAUCCACGCACAGCGGCGAUUCGCCGUUCGGAUUGGGUAUCUCGGCUGGGUUGACGUUCGACAUUGAUGCGUUGAUGGGUAGUUGGCAGAUGGAUCACUUUGAUCCUGUGAGCAAUUUUCAUGCUUCUACUUCGCUAGAGCACAGUGUCACGCCGCAGGCGGGUGCGCAGACACCGUACCCCGCCACCGCCACGAACUUGGCUGGAGGUCAGAUGUAUCUUUCUCCAGGAGGACGUAAAAGCUCGCUCUCAACACCCUCGCAACCGCCUCCGCCUCCGCAAGCUAUGGCGGCAUCUCCACAUCGAACGCAUAGCCGAAACACGUCGUUCUACCGUCCGCCUUCGCCUUCGCCGCCGCAGCAGGAGCAGGAGCAGGAGCAGGAGCAUGCAAAUCCUGCAUCGAGCAACGCGCUAUCGGCAGUCUCUGCGAACCAUGCAGCUACACCAGGACUGUUGGACACGAGCUCGUUGGCGAUCGCCGAAUUCUUCUCGCACGACCAGAGCAUUUGGCCGCUAUCGAUUCAGAAUGACGACCUUGACCAGGACGCGGUCAACGUGAUCGCUAGCGCUAUGCAGUUGCCCACUACCGCCAGUGGCUACCUUGCGAAUGCGCUGCUGUAA